AUGCCGAUCACGCAGGAACAGCUGAAGCGCCGUGCCGAGAUGGUGCGCACCGGUGGCAAAGGCUCCAUGCGCCGCACCACCAAAGCCCACCACAAGAGCACUGGUGAUGACAAGAAGGUUCAGGUCACCCUUCGCCGUCUGGGCGUCACCCCGUUCAGCGACAUCGACGAGGCCGUGUUCUACCGCCAGGACGGCAGCGCCUACUACUUCUCCAAGCCAAAGGUUCAGGCCUCCAUGCAGACGCAGUGCUUCGUGGUGUCGGGUGACUACGAGGUUAAGUCCGCCGAGGAGGUGGAUGCCAAGAAGGACUAA